AUGUCUAGCUCGAGAUUCUCGCAGAUCCUCUGGAAGGCCGCCCCAAGAGCAAGUCGUGUCACUCAUUUGGUGUUUCUCACUUGCAAGGAGCAGGUUCGGCAGAUAAGCUUGCACGAGUAUCAGUCGCAAAACAUUCUGAGACAGUAUGGCGUCCCUGUUCCUCGCGGCCGAACCGUGAAAACGGCCAGUGAGGCCCGCAUUGCAGCACAAGAGCUGGGCCCGGCAUGCAUCAUCAAAGCCCAAGUCUUGGGUCGUGGACGAGCCGCCGGCAAGUUCGACAAUGGCCUCAAAAGCGGCAUCCAAGCCGUUUCCACCCCGGACCAAGCCGAGCACGUGGCAUCCAAAAUGCUCGACCAGAGACUUCUCACAAAGGACAAUGGCACCGACGGCCAUGUCGUGGAGAAGCUCUACGUUGCCGAGGCAGCAACCUACGAUUCUCAAUGGUACCUCGCCAUGACGAUUGAUCGGGAAAACUACCAGCCCGCCAUCAUUGUCUCCAAAGAGGGCGGGGUUGAACUCGAUGUUCUCAUCAGCGAACGGCCUGACAGCCUGUUUACCUUUGGCUUUGGCAUAUCGGAGGGCAUCACCAAUGCCUUGGUGCAAGACAUCCAGCAGCGUCUGGGCACGACGGACCAAGAAACGGCAAACUUGACCCAUAUCCUAACCCAACUGUACAGCAUCUUCCGAGACCGAGAAGCCACUCAUCUUGAAAUAAAUCCUCUGGGACGAUCACUUGACGGUUCCUUCACCAGCUUAAACGCCAAUUUCGCAUUUGACAAGGCCGCCGAACACAGGCAGGAAGAAGUCUCUGCGCUACGCGACAAGGCGCAAGAAGUCCCCGACGAAGUGGAAGCCGAAAAACACGGCCUAGUGUACGUCAGAAUGGACGGAAACAUUGGCAACGUCGUCAACGGCGCGGGUUUAGCCAUGGCCACCAACGACGCCAUUGGGUUCCACGGCGGAGCGAGCGCCAACUUUCUAGACGCAGGUGGAAAGGCGACCAAAGAUACCAUGAUCCAGGCGUUCCGGAUCAUUACGCGCGAUGAGAGAGUCAAGGCCAUUCUGGUCAACAUUUACGGCGGCAUCACGCAAUGUGACAUGAUUGCCGAGUCAAUUAUUGGCGCAACGAGCGAGUUGGACAUCCAGGUGCCCAUGGUUGUGCGGCUGCAGGGCACAAAUUCCGAAAAGGGAUUGAAGAUGCUCGAGGAUGCAAAUCUGGGGCUGGUCGUGGAGUCGGACUUUGGGCAGGCGGCGAAGCGGGCGGUUGAACUUGCAGUGUCGAGAUAG